ACUAAGCGGAACUAUGUUUCGUGCAGGUUUGCGAGCGCUCUCACGAACACGAAACGGCGUUAUGAGACUCUCCACGGACGCAGUUCGUCAAGAACGAGUUACACGAGCUCGUCGAAUUUCUCUCCUCUCUGCAUCUUCUUGUAUCGCCAUCGGCGGAAGCGUUCUCAUUUGGAGACGUCUGCGGAGCGUCGAUGCUGCUGCAAGUGCUUUAGAUGAAUCGGAUAUUCGUGACUCAAAGAGCAAAGAAGAAAGCUCAUUGGAUGAGGAGGACAGCGUCAGUAGACACAAACGCACGAACUUCCGUGACCGACGAGUUAUUGCGUAUGAGGACCGUAUCCGCGCGUACAGCACGCCGGACAAGAUAUUUCGCUACUUUGCGACGCUUCGCAUUGUUGGAGCGAACGGCGAGGAUGAGAUAGAGAUGACGCCUGAAGAUUUUGUGCGCUCGCUGACGCCCGGAGUCAUUCAACCAGAAGGUUUGGGUUUGGAUCAAUUUAGGAAAAUCAGUAGAAAGCAAGCGAUGACUGAACUAUCAACCCAAUUAGAUGAUGGUAGCUUAUUCUCCGAGAUCGGACACUCUGGUGGUCUAAUAUCUUUCUCAGACUAUCUCUUUCUACUAACCGUUCUUUCAACUCCAAAGCGUCACUUUGAAAUCGCAUUUCAAAUGUUUGAUCUCAAUGGCGACGGCGAAGUGGAUGCUUCAGAGUUUCAGAAGGUUUGUGAUAUUUUAAACAAGAGCACGGCGGUCGGUCAAAGACAUCGAGAUCAUUCGACGACCGGCAGUGUGGCAAAGGGUGUCGGUGGAGUCUUGCAGCUGUACUUUUUUGGUCCGAAAUUGGAUCAACGUCUAACUGUUGAAAAGUUUGGUAACUUCCAGGCCAGAUUGAAGAGAGAGUUACUGCGAAUCGAGUUUGAUCAGUAUGAUCCGCAGGGUGGUCUCAUAUCCGAAGUGGAUUUCUGUCGCUUGUUGCUGACUUACACGAACUUUAGUGAUAGCAAGAAACGGUUGUAUCGAAGGAGAGUGAAAGGAGCAUACAGAGGCAAUCAGAAGGGUAUAUCAUUUGAAGACUUCAAACUGUUUUCUGAUUUCCUUGAUCAAAUGAGUGAGGUGGAAACGGCACUGAGCAUGUACACUAUGGCUGGAACGGGAGCAACAAAGGACGUUCUUGCUCAUGUUGCAAAGUCAGUGAUCGGGAUUGAGUUGGAUGGUCACUUGGUUGAUGUCGUGUUCACAAUGUUUGAUGUUGAUGAGGACGGCACACUGACCAACAAAGAGUUCAUCAGUGUUAUGAAGGACAGACGACAACGUGGACUAAACAAGGCCAAGGAUUCGGGAUUAAUGCGAUUACUCGAAUCAGCAUGGAGUUGUGCGAUGCAAGCCAGACCAUUUGGGUAAAUAACUGGUAAACAUAUUUGCCUUGCUGUUAAAAUUUUGAAAAUCUAGAGUUAAGAUGGGAUAAUUAGAAUGUGAAGAUUAAAUCUUGAGUUGGCUGAUCUUGCUAGGAGGCCAUGUCCACCUUGGUACAUUGC